AUGUCAAAACGCGCGUUGAGUCGCACCAAAAUUGGACUGAAGGUCUCUAUUCAAACGUGGAUGUGUUUCCCACGAAUUGAAGCGCCAAACAUCAUCGAGUCCCAAAUGGAGGUAUGCUCCCAGCUCGUCAGCGCGUAUAUGAUCUCGGAGAAUGGGGAGAACGUCGAGCAGGUUGCCGCGGCGCUGCAGAAUGGGGAGUUCACUUUACUACAGCUUGUCCAAUCUUUGGGGGAAUAUAUCACAGCGAUUGAACCAGACAUACGUUCCAAAGGCCUUGACUUGUUAGUUCAUGUCAUUGGUCAAUGCCCGCCAAGCACUCUUUCAGCCCAAUCAACCCGUGUUCUGUCAACUUUUCUCAGUGGCAAAUUGGAUGACUACGAUACCAUUGAGCCUGCGCUCAAAGGCCUUGCGGUAUUAGUUGGACAUCCUACAUUCUCUGAUGCAUCUGCAUCAGAAGUCGCUAUAUCAAUUUUUCAGCACGUCCGAAUGAGGUCAUUGACCCAGGCAGUUAGGUACAAUGUAUUUCGGAUUCUCGAUUCUCUGGUGCAGAAUCAUAGACAAGCCAUGAGAUUGCUCGAUCGCGACUUCGUGUCCGGAUACGUCUCAAUCGCUGAGGGCGAAAAGGACCCUCGCAGCCUUCUUCUCUCAUUCUCGGUCGUGCGAGUUCUGUUAAUUGAAUUUCCUAUCCAAGCCCAUAUUGAGAACCUCUUUGACGUCACCUUCUGUUAUUUCCCGAUAACCUUCAAGCCCCCUCCUGGAGAUCCUUACGGGAUAUCGGCAGAAGAUCUUAGAACUUCACUUCUCUCAUGUCUAAACGCCACCCCUCUUUUCGGCCCACUGGCGCUUCCCCUUUUCCUCGAGAAGCUGUCUGCGAGCUCGGGGAGCCUAAAGCGGAUUAUUUUGGAUACUGUGACCGCAUGUCUUCCUGUUUACGGAAGAAAUAUAGUUCGCGAUUUUGGGAGUGAUUUGUGGGAAAUAUUCAAAAUCGAGAUUUUUCAGCCAGCGGACCCUGAAACAGAAGCUUGUUCCAUGCGGGCGGUCCAGAGCCUCGUGCGAACCCUUUACCCCCCAAGGGCCGGGGAUUCUUCAGACCAGUUAGACGGUUUGAUUGAGGACAUGGUGAACGAAUGCAAGACUAUCGUACGUGAGCCGGAGAAGAGCCAAGCCAAGCAUGCAGUGAAGCUCCUCGGGGCACUUUUAUGCACACAGGUACCGCGCUACGCUAUAGAGGAAGUCUUUCCUCAUCUGUUUGUCCUUUACCGCAACCCGGAUGAAAUUUCGUUUCGGGCCUCCACGUUAACUUGUAUUUCGGCCUAUUGGCGGCACUUGCGCAGGGAGGUAACAGAGAAACCCCUCUCUGGCUUUGAGGAGCAACUGUUUAGCUCGUUGGCCGGAGGAUUGAAAAUAGCGGCUGCUCGUCGCCCUUCAAUAGAAGGGCUCCUGCAGUUGGUGAAAGUACCAGGGGUUUGCUCAGUCGACAAGCUCCGAUUCAUCUCUCAGAGCAUGAAUGAAAUCCUCGUCUCUGAUUCUCGCGACGUUGAACUUGAGGACCUUCGCCUCCCUGGAUCCUCUCCACCAAAACAAGAGCUUACUGAACAUGUUCGAUACCGCCGCAUUCUCGCAUCUCUAUCUGCUCUCUGCCCGUCACCGUCUUUGUUUGAAACUUUGGUCAUUAGAUUGACCUCCAAGCUGGAUCUCUUGUGCCGCCCCCGGCCAAUCGACCUUGAUCUUGAGGGGGAUGCAGCGUACGCAUAUGCCGUUCUAUCCACUGUGAAGGAUGUUAUCACAGCGAAGGCGCAGAACAAACACCUUGAUUUGCCGAAAUAUGGAGACCGUUUGGUGGUUCCGCUUUACAACAUCUUCCUCAAAGCUAGUAUCUCGCCUGAAGAUGCGCACUCGGUGGCUACCAACACAAAAGUGUUGUCGGUGGCAGCUAAGAUUGUUACGCUUAUUACUCGUACUCUCAGCCAUGAUCGCCAGAGGACGCUGUUCACUGCUCUAUUCCUGGCCUUUAGAGACGGGGACUUGGAGAGGUUAAUGCCGGACCUCAAGCUACCUGAAGGCACCGGAAGAUUUGACCCGUUUUCAAGGUAUAUACUAGUCCGUGUCUCACAACAGGUAUUCACGACUGCUUCCAAGGUGUCUCUUCCCUUCAUGAACCCUUCCGAGGAUUUUUUAAAAUAUUUGAAUUGGUCUCUAAGCGACACAAUAGAGGAACGUCUCAGAACUGCGGUGUGGCAAUUCAUGGCUACGCACGUCAACAAGAGGCCAGACGAUUUUAUGCCCUUAACGACUAGACAUUUACCUCAAUUCUGGAAGGAUGAGAUUGGGUUAACUACUCAGGAUGUCGAGCGUCGUAAGGCCGCUCUUAGGGGCUACAUAUGGAUUCACAAGGGUUUACUCGCACGCAAUCACCCCGAUACCACUCUAGGCAUUAAACUCAUCUUCACCGUAUUCGAUGACCCGCAAAUCGGUUGGGACGCAGCCCGGGGUAUUGGGGAGUUGGUCAAGGGUGGACGGGAUGUACUGGUCAAAGAAAAUUUUUGUUCAAUUCGCCCCCUCUAUGCACAGAGAUUUGUCUCUUCUGUGCUUUUAACGUUGCUCGAAGGUUCAACUGCGAGAAAUGAGGCAGCAAAACAACCUUAUAUCGUUGGAUUGACGUGUUUAGUCACGUCCGUCCCAAAGGCGAUGUACUCAUAUAAGCUUUCAGUGAUAAUGCCACUCCUUUUACGAGGAAUGGAUCUACCGGAUGAGACAAUCCGGAUCAACGUGGUAGAUACUCUCUACGCCAUGGCAAGCGACAAGUCAACGCAGACGGAGCUUAUAGAAGAACAUGCAUCUGCCAUUUUAAACGCCCUGCUUUUUAGCAGUGAUCCUCGGCACUCCAAGAGCCCUGCACUUCGGUGCUCUUCGCUCCGUUGCUUGGGUGUGUUGCCUUCCGCCGUGAAAUACAGCGUGUUGCAUCCCUACAAACAGAAGGUCAUUGCACAACUCGGAAGGUUUGUUGAUGACCCAAAGCGAAGAGUUCGCAAGGAGGCUGUAGAUGCUAGGCACGUCAUUUUUCUCCCGUAUCUAAUUGGUUCAUUGAUUCGGCAUGAAGUGCUGCAAACACUUGGUAUAUCAAUCAACUAUCAUUUACGGAGCGCAUCACGUAACAAUAAUAAUGAAAAACCUCUCCCAACACACGAACCUCUAAACUCCAACCUGGACGAGUCAAGUAUCGACGACGAAAGUGAGGUUGGCCCAUUGUGA